AUGCGCGUUGAAGAUGGUUUCCAGCCAAUCCCCUUCUCUGAGGAGAAUGCCUAUACGGAAGACCCGGUUCUUCCUAGCUUACUGAAGCGUGUCCUACCUGCGAGCGUGUUCCAGGAAGUGAAUUCAGACCUUGCACGCCUUGGCUUGGACGUUGUCACCACCAUCCGUGCUCUGAGCGACUCGGCCAAGUGCUUCCCACCCACACUUGUCCAAUACGACCAAUGGGGCCGUCGGGUCGACGACCUGCAGACGAGUGAGGGCUGGCGUGAGCUCAAGGCCCUCUCCCAACGCGAAGGCCUCCCAGCCAUCUUCUACGAGCGCAAGUACAAGGAGCACAGUCGUGUCUAUGGGUUUUCGAAAAUGCUAUUGAUGGUGGGCGACUCGAACGAGAUUUUCUGCCCGAUGAGCAUGUCGGACGGGACGGCGAGGGUUAUAGAGCUCUUUGGGACAGAGGAAAUGAAGAAGGAUGUUUUCCCAAGGCUUAUUAGCCGUGACCCCAAGGUCGCUUUCACCUCCGGACAAUGGAUGACAGAGCGUCCUGGAGGGUCGGACGUCUCUCUAACCGAAACAACCGCCACCUCUUCUGGCAAAUCUAGCAAGUACGGCCCCCAAUACACGCUUAACGGCUUCAAGUGGUUCUCCAGCGCGACCGACAGCGAAGUAUCCGUCGCCCUCGCACGCACUGGCUCGCUCCAAGAAGGCUCCCGCGGGCUCUCCCUCUUUCUCGUCCCGCUCCGUCUUCCCCUCAUCCGUGCACUUACCGAUCCCGUCCCGUCCCCAAUCAGCAACAACAUCCUCGUACACCGGCUCAAGAACAAGAUAGGCACGCACAUCCUACCCACUGCGGAGCUUAGCAUAGACGGCGCGGAGGCCUACCUCGUCGGCGAGUUGGGCAAGGGCGUGAAGAGCAUCACGCCUGUGCUGAACAUUACAAGGUUGUGGUCAGCGGUCGGGUCGGCGGGCUACCUCCGCAAGUGCCUUGCGAUCGCCACGUCGUACGCGAAGCAGCGGAGCAUCCGGAGCGGGACGGUCUUGUUGAAAGAUGCCCCGGCCCAUGUCGAGCAGCUCGCCAGUGUGAACGUGCUUUAUCGUGCGCUCGCCCAUCUGGCUUUCGGGGUAGUUGGAUUGUUGGGCAAGGUAGAAUGCAAGUGUGCUACUGAGGACGAGCUCCGCAGGCUCAGGAUGCUGACUCCUGUGGCGAAAGCAUACGCAGCAGAGAAGGCGUCCGUUGGGAUGGAAGAAGCUAUGUGUGCGUUGGGUGGUGCUGGCUACAUGGAGGAAAAUGGAUUCGGGAGGUCUAUUCGAGAUGCUCUCGUUGAGAAGAUUUGGGAGGGCACCGUUGUCGUCCUGGCUCUUGACUUGACUAGAUUUGCUCAGGACCCGGCAUCCAUAAAAGCCUUUGUUUCCUGGGCAAACUCCAUCAUCGGCUCUUGCCCUUUUGCACUUCAACAGAAGCUUUCCCCAACACUCGCGAUCGUGAAGAAAGCAAUCGAGGAGUUGCCAUCAUGCUUUUCACAACCACUGAAGCCGCUCAUCCCAAGACCCGCUCUCAUGCUUGUUGGAGCGAUUGCUUCGAGUGUUUAUCUCCUCGAGCACACCAUCUGGGCCUAUAACACCUCUGAGCCGACCAAAGACCUUGACAUCGAAGUCUUCCAGCGAUGGGUCCGUGAGGGUGGUGUCGAAGCUGAUAUCCAGACCGUUAUUAGGGCAAAGACCGACUCUGGAGAACGUGUCAAUCUGAACUCGGCGUUGGUGUUUGGCGGCAGGGGCAAGUCGAAGUUGUAA